AUGGAGAGGCUUGCAAAGAUGUACAUUGAAAGGAUUGUCAAUUUGCAUGGUAUUCCGUCUAGCAUUGUAUAUGAUAGAUAUCCAAGGUUUACUCUAGAUUUUGAGAAGAUUUACAAAGUGCUUUGGAGAGUAGGUAAAGUGGCUUAUCAUAUUGCUAUGCCACCGUCGCUUCCUAAUCUCUAUUAUGUGUUCCAUGUGUCUCAGUUGAGGAGGUAUAUUGCGGAUCCUUCGCAUGUAGUACAAGUAGAUGAUGUGAAAGUGAGGGAUAAUCUUACUAUGGAGACAUUACCUAUGAGGAUAGAGGAUCGGGAGUUGAAGAAACUCCAUGGUAAAGAGAUUGCUUUGGUGAAGGUCGUUUGGGGAGGACCAGCAUAUGGGAAUGUGACUUGGCAACUCGAGAGUAAGAUGAGGAAGUCGUAUCCUGAGUUGUUCGUUUGA